UUUUAGUUAAUAGUUGAUGUUUUUUGUAUUUUAUAUUGUCUCUGCAGUUGCUCACUACCUGCCUCGCGCUCGCGCGCGCGCGCGCUCGCGGGUGUCGCGGUCCCGCCUCGCGCCUGUCUGCUUCCCAGCCUUUCACCCAGUUCGAGCGCGCUGCCGGGUUCACCGGGUUUACUCUGACACCGCUGACUCCCCGGCCACGCCCCCCGACAGCCACGCACCCCGCGUCGGGCCAAUCGCGUCGCGGCCACGUACUGAUCACGCACCGCCUCGCCUGGGAUUGGCCGGAGCCCGCUACACCUUUGCCCCUGAUUGGCUGCGUGUUACCACCCGCCAGACAGCUCUGAAUUUUGUUUCUGUGUUUUAUUUUUUUUUUCUGGUCUUUUUGUUUUUUUGGGCGCUCCGCUCAGCUGAAGCCAGUCUGCCGGCUGAAGCUCGGCGCUUAUUAUUGACUGCCCGCACUCCCGACACCGUCUCUGCCGCUAGUUUACACGUUUUGUCGCGCAUUGAACUCUUCCUGAUGCUCAGCUUCACGGCGGAGCGCUCCUGUCAGGUCGACCGUAUGGACGGCCGGACGGCGACGACCACGGAGCUGAAGCCGUGCGUCGAGUACCACGACCUGGAGGCCGCCGAGGCGCUGGUCAGCAUGAGCUUCUGGGGUCAAAGGUCGCACAAGCCCCGCCCAUUGACCCCCACCUCCGAUUCUUGCGACUCCAUCCAUCUCCACCCGGAGGGGGGGGACACUCCCAAAGACCUGAUCGCUCUGUCCUCACUGUGUAUGACUCCACCUCACAGUCCGUGCUUCGCCGAGGCCUCCACCACCACCACCUCCGCUCUGAGCCCCGCCUCCAGACCAGUCUUACCCCGCCCUGGCCCCGCCCUCCUCAGUGACUCCCUCACCUGCCUCCCACAACCCUCCUCCCCCUUCACCUCCGAGACCUCCGCACUUCCACCUCAGGCGGAGUCGUCCUGUGUGGCUCCGCCCGGCAGAGCGAUGGCCACCAGCGUCAUCCGCCACACCGCCGACCGCCUCGGCGUUCCUCCUCCUCCUCCUCCACCUCCCUCCACCUCCCAGCCGGCAGAAACCUCCACGCCGCCUCAGCCGGGACUUCCAGAGACUCUUCCAGAGGACAAGGACGGACCUCCUCCGUCUCCUGACAGCCCGUCCUCUCCUCCCUCCUCAGCGUUGCCUCCUCGCUCCUCCCCGCUGUCUUCUUCCUCCUCUUCCUCUCCGGUCCUCUGCCAGGUUUUCCCGGUGAGCAGCCGGACGGGGAUGAUCUCCGCCUUCGUCCAGGCUCCGGUUCAGGUGCAGACUCACGGGGGGCCCAAGCCCAUCCUGCCCCAGUCUCCUUCCAGCUUCGCCCAGCCUCUGCUGGUGGGCCCCGCCAUGACGCAGGGGACCGUGAUGUUCGUGGUUCCCCAGCAGCCCGUCCCCCAGGCGCCGCAGGGCCCGCAGACUGUCAUGACCCUGGGCAACACCAAGCUCCUCCCCCUGGCCCCGGCUCCCAUUUACAUGCCGACCGGAGUGAGCGGCGGCGCCUCCCAGGCCGACUUCUCCCGCAGACGAAAUUAUGUCUGCAACUUCCCCGGCUGCAAGAAGACCUACUUCAAGAGCUCUCACCUGAAGGCUCACCUGCGCACACACACAGGUGAGAAGCCGUUCAGCUGUCACUGGGAAGGCUGCGACAAAAAGUUUGCCCGCUCCGACGAGCUUUCCCGCCACCGCCGGACGCACACCGGCGAGAAGAAGUUCGUCUGCAACGUGUGCGACCGGCGCUUCAUGCGCAGCGACCACUUGACCAAACACGCCCGGCGGCACAUGAUCACCAAGAGGACGUCCUCGUGGCCGGCCGAAACCCGAGACCUCAACAAAGUGGCCCUGCCCAAAGGCCAAAACAGAGGCUCCGCACUUCCUGUCGGCAUGCUGGCCCCCACAGCCAACUAACAGACUCAGUGGUCUGAGUCUCGGUCAGGCCAACUCAGGACCGCGGGGGGGGCGGGGCAACCAGACAGGUUAAACUGGGACUGGCUGUUUCAAUCAGCUCCACAUCUUUUCUACUCUACAAAUCACGGCUGGCGAACAGUGAAGGCGGUCACUGCGCUCCGGCUACGUUUACACGAAGAACAGGGUCAUUAAAACAUCGUCAAGUCUCGUUAACAAAUUCCAGGUAAGAUGGCCGCCAUUUUAAAAAGGUUUCUGUGGCAUGAAACCAUCGCCAGACUCAUCAACCGACGCACCAGCGACGCCGUGAGGCCGAAAUGUUUAUUACACUCUAGAAAACUAAACUUUUGGCUGGAUAACAAAAUAAAUCCUUAGCACAUAGUUUGUCCUGAAGGUGGCGCCAGAGGAAAGGUCGCGAAAUCAAAAGGGUCUGUCUUUUGUACGGAGGCCUUUUUAGGACAUCUCAGACUUUCAGGCUCCGCUGUAAUUUCUGCUGCAUGCUAACAUUAGUAAAUUAGCAUGAUGAUGUUUUUUUUAUAUGUCAUAAAAUGUUAACAUGCGGAUGUUUUUGUCUAAGAAGAGUGCGACCUGCGAGAGGUAACUCCUGUUGGUGCUAUAUAAAUAAACUGAUGUUUAGCGUGUUAACGAGCUCACGGUUAGCAUGUACAAACGCUAACAUCUGGUAUGUUAACCGUAGCUCGUUAGCAUGCUAACACGCCAGCUUUAAUAUGCUGACAUUCGUACAGUUAGCACGCUAAUGUUAGCACGUAGCUCGGACGUCAUUCAUUCGUUUUACAGUCAUCCUGUCCUGAAUCGACGUGUUGAAAUAGCGGAAGCUUUGACCUGCUGGUGGCGCUAGCGGGAACGUUAAAGGAUCACCAAAGUCAGAAGGAUCCGUCCUCUGGGGAUCAUCAAUAUCUGAACCAAAUUUCAGAGCAAUCAAUUAAUUUUACCUGCAGCUUCGUCAGCAGUAGUUCUGACUCAGAUUAUGGUUUACACGUGGUUUAAACCAGUUUCACACGAUGCGAUUGAUCAUCGCAGGGACCAGCUUGAGUUUUAGUAGUUCGUGUUUUUAGGAUCCGCUUCCGGUUGCCAAGUUUGACUCGACAGAUUUAUAAUUCAAAGUGUUAUUUUACUUCAUAUUUCAAGUCUGUUUUUGAACACAUAAACAGUGUUGAAAUGUUCUUCUGCCUGUUUUUAAAACAAACAAAUCAGAACAAAGUGUAAACAUGUGCCGCAGUAAUAAAAACGAUUGAGAUUAAGGUAAAUCUCUGAAAUAAUCUGAGAGUUUCGCCGUAAUCUAAUUCAAACCGAGAUAUUCUGAGUUGAAGUGACGUAGACGGAGCCGGAGCGGCCGGCGGAGGACGGAGCGAGCUUCCCGCCCUGCUCAGGACAUUUUAUUCCCACCAACCACAAACUCACCAGAGGAGGAAGAGUGAGGAGGAGGAGGAGGAGGCGACAGGCUGCUAUUCAUCCACAGACAGAAACAAACAAAAACCUGAACAUUGCACUGGAUUUUUUUUUUUUUUUAAUCUGGCUUGUUUUUGUACUCUCUCCGCGUAUAAUCAUGUUUACUUCAUGUGUAAAUGUCACGUUUAGCAAAAUGUAUGCACUCUGUAUUUUUUGCCAAAGCCUCAGUACCGUGCUUCUGCUAUUAGCCUACUUCUGUUAAUUUGUCUGUGACUGUAAAUAUUGUAAAUAUAUUGAUAUCUAUAUGAAUGUUACGUGUAUUCCAAUCUGCAUUUAUUGACAGUAUUCCUCACUGUGAUACUACCUACUAUCUUUGCUUUACACAUUAUUAUUAUUAUUUAAUAAACAGUUGUUGAGGAAAAAAAGUGCUGUUUUUGAUAACUUGAUUUGGCCCAUAGUGUAGCCAGUAAGAAAAUACCUCAUGUUAUUAAAUGUUAUUCUUAAUAAUAACGUCUUAUAUCGGAAUAAUCCCAUUUCUGAACAUUAGCCUGUAAGCGAUGGUGAAGAAUAUGGCUUUUAUAAUAAAAAUGUACCACGAACUGAA